AGCCUCGCAUCACAGCCCGCGGCGGGCGGCGACUGCGGGGUGCGGCCUCCGCUCCCCCGCCCGCCCGCCGCCGCCCGGCCCGCCGCCCGCUCGCGGCCGCCGAGCGCCCAUGAAGCUCUGGAGCGCGCAGGCCCGGCCGCGCUCGCCCGCCCGCCUCCGUUUUCGCCUCGGCCGCGGCGCGAAGGCCGUCCCCUGACCGCCGGCGGCCGCUCGGGCUCCUCAGUCCGACCGGAACGGCCGUAAGGAGGGCGUCGGUCCUGCUCGCCGCAGCCCCGCGGCCGCCAUAGCGCCCUCGCCCCGGCCUUGCGUCCGUGGGGUAGAAAAUAACGUACCCCGUCUCUCCAAACACCGAGGCGCAGGGCGCCACGAUCGAGCCGUUUGUCCCCGCACCCUGCCGAGCGCCAGCGAGUCUCGGUCGCGGGGGCCUCCGCUGACCGGAGCGUCGACCGCCGCCUGCCCAGGCCGCAGAGUGGGGGACGUGUCAGCCUGUUCCGGGCCUACCCAACCGCCAGCCGCUCGCUGCCCUAGCGCUCCGCCGAGGAGAGCUGCGGUCUGCUCGGCAUCACCCCAAAGGCAGGCGAGCCCCGGCACGGGUGCGGCCUAGGCGGCGGCUCUCCUGCCCAGUGUGAAGCGGUGCGGACCGCCUGCCCCGGCCAGCGGAGUAAUUUGUGGUCACCACAUCAGUCUCCCAGUUUUGGAUAACAAGCUUGUUUCCCUUUGAUAAAUAAAAGAAAACAGGGAAGGAGCAAAGCAUUGAUUAUACAUGUAAUAAUAAUGAGCAAAUGUGGCAGGAAAAAGUAUAUGAGGACAAAUGUAAGGCAAAUGACCAUGGAGACAGUUGAAUCACAGCAGGAUCAAAGUGUAACACAUUCUGUGGCAGAGCACAGCUCUGCUCAUAUGCAGACUGGCCAAAUUUCUGUUCCUACUCUAGCACAGGUUUCUGUAGCUGGAUCAGGCACUGGAAGAGGCUCCCCAGCUGUGACUCUAGUACAGUUACCUUCAGGCCAAACUGUACAGGUCCAGGGAGUAAUUCAGACACCACAUCCAUCGGUUAUUCAGUCACCACAAAUACAAACUGUUCAGGUAGCAACAAUUGCAGAGACAGAUGAUUCUGCAGAAUCAGAAGUAAUCGAUUCUCAUAAACGUAGAGAAAUUCUUUCACGAAGACCCUCAUAUAGAAAAAUACUGAAUGAACUUUCCUCUGAUGUGCCUGGUAUUCCCAAGAUUGAAGAAGAAAAAUCAGAGGAAGAAGGAACACCACCUAACAUUGCUACCAUGGCAGUACCAACUAGCAUAUAUCAGACUAGCACGGGGCAAUACAUUGCUAUAGCCCAAGGUGGAACAAUCCAGAUUUCUAACCCAGGAUCUGAUGGUGUUCAGGGACUCCAGGCAUUAACAAUGACAAAUUCAGGAGCUCCUCCGCCAGGUGCUACAAUUGUACAGUACGCAGCACAAUCAGCCGAUGGCACACAACAGUUCUUUGUCCCAGGCAGCCAGGUUGUUGUUCAAGAUGAGGAGACUGACCUUGCCCCAAGUCACAUGACUGCUGCCACAGGUGACAUGCCAACUUACCAGAUCCGGGCUCCUACUACUGCUUUGCCACAAGGUGUGGUGAUGGCUGCCUCACCAGGAAGUCUGCACAGUCCCCAGCAACUAGCAGAAGAAGCAACUCGCAAGAGGGAGCUGAGGCUGAUGAAAAACAGGGAAGCUGCCCGGGAGUGUCGCAGGAAGAAGAAAGAAUAUGUCAAAUGUCUUGAAAAUCGUGUGGCUGUGCUUGAAAAUCAAAACAAGACCCUCAUUGAGGAACUCAAGGCCCUCAAAGAUCUUUAUUGCCAUAAAGCAGAGUAACUGUGUUUGACUUGGACCUUGUUUGCUGUGAACUCUAACCGAGGCAGGUGAUGCUGCACCAUCCUGUAACGGCCCUGUGAACUUGUAGACGGUCACUUAACCCUUGCUUAAGAGUUCAGUCUGGCUUAGGGUGUGAAUUGGGAGUACUGUUCCACAGGCUGCAACGCAGCUUCCUCCUUACCAAGUUUGCUCUGUUGUUAUUAGCAUGCAACAUAGGUUUUGUUUGCCCUUCUGCUUCUACUUUUUCCAGGGAAGCUGCUAAAGAAUGUCGACGUCGAAAGAAAGAAUAUGUGAAGUGUCUGGAGAGUCGAGUUGCAGUGCUGGAAGUUCAGAACAAGAAGCUCAUAGAGGAACUUGAGACCUUGAAAGACAUUUGCUCUCCUAAAACAGAUUAGUAGAAAUAUUUAACUAUGAACUGAUUACAGCAUGUACAGUUGCUUUUGAAUGCAAUACAAUAUAUAGCCGGCAAGAAUUAUGGCUUUUUUCCUUUGUAUCAUUCAUCUGACUUUCUAAUAUCUAACAUUCCUAAAAUGCUUCAUUGUAUUUAAUUAGCUCUUACCUCUAAGGUCAAUUUUUUUUUAUAAGAAGAGACAAACUGUAAAAAAUGUAUGUAACAAAUUCUUAAAAUGAAAUAUUUAUAAGACUUGUUCCAGUGCGACAUAUUUGCAGUUCCCAGUCUCUCUGUCAUAAAGAGUGUCCUAUGCAAUAAAAAUUUUGCAGGUUUUAAGAAUCAUUUUAGGAAAGGAUGAUCAAAGGCAGUGCAUCCAGCAGUACAAUAAAUUCAAACCACAGAAAUACCUCAGGAAAGAAGGAAAGGAAGUGUAUCUUGAUGAAAUGGCUAUGCAAGAAGAAUAGCCUAGACAUGAAUUUGUGCAUUUAUAGAUUUUUAUAAUCGUCACUUUGUAAAGAAAAUAUUGUAUUGCUGUCCUUGAAUGCCAUAGUUGAAGACAGUUUUCAAUAGAACCAUGUUGGUUGCUCUUUGUAGUAUUUGGUGUUUAUUUAAAUAUCUAAACAUUUACUACUUUCUACUGUGCAUGUAAUACAAGUAAUCCUGCAGAAGUUUAUGUUGCUUUGCUGUUAUAUAAUGAAAGAGACAACACAUUUUUACUGUCUGGAAUGAGCUCCACGAGUAUGAGCUUAUUGCUACCCUGGGUCACAAGCCUUGCAAAUACUGGGCCAUUUCAUUAGAAGGACAACUGCAGGGCUCUAGGGACAGAGUUCAGGGCAACGCACUAUGUUCAGUCAACAGUGCUGUAACAAAAGUGUGUAACGGUGUUUUAAAGGGGUGGGGAGCAGAGAUCAAAGGUCAGCUUUUGUGCUGUAUGAGGCUUCCCCUAGGUAGUCUACAGAGUUCUGCUGAUGGCCCUCCAUUGUGAAUCUCUGCUAGCAACCACAAGAAUGUUAACCUUUAAAAAAACAACCCAGGAUUUAAUUUUUAAUUUCACAACUUGGAUCAAUUUUUUGUUUUGAAUGCAGCUAUGUGCAUUUAUUACGUGGGUCCAGGCUGUCCUUAAACUCAAUCCUCUUUCCUCAGCCUUCUGAGUGCUUGGAUUAUAGACAUGGGCCAGAGUGUCCAGUUUGAUUAAGUAUUCUUUUAUAAAAGGUUUAUUUCUUUUUAA